GAGAUGAUGAAAAAGCAAUAUUAUUGUGGGAUUCAAGUUUUACAGAGCUAAAGAAGGAAUCGCGGAUAAGCGCCUGAGUAGGGUUAUAAGGAGAAAAUCUGCGCUACCCACUACACACAAGAUCCACAAUGCAACAACAUUCCGACGACGAAUACCUUUACAAUGAAGACCCUGACGGGGGUGAAGACUUUGAUGACUCGGAGGGUGAAGACCUCGACAGGGAUGAACGCCCUGAUGAGAGUGAAGACCCUGAUGACUCGGAGGGUGAAGACCUCGACAGGGAUGACGACCCUCAAUGGGAUGGACGCCCUGAUGAGGGUGAGGACUCUGAUGACUCGGAGGGUGAAGACCUUGACAGGGACGACAACCUUGAUGACUCAGAGGGCGAAGGCUUCGACAGGGAUGAUAACCCUGAUGGGGGUGAAGACCUUGAUGACUCGGAGGGUGAAAACCUCGACAGGGAUGAACGCCCUGAUGAGAGUGAAGACCCUGAUGACUCGGAGGGUGAAGACCUCGACAGGGAUGAACACCCUGAUGAGAGUGAAGACCCUGAUGACUCGGAGGGUGAAGACCUCGACAGGGAUGAACGCCCUGAUGAGAGUGAGGACCCUGAUGACUCGGAGGGUGAAGACCUCGACAGGGAUGACAUCCCUCAAUGGGGUGAACGCCCUAACUCUGAGAGUGAAGACCCUGAUGACUCGGAGGGCGAAGACCUCGACAGGGAUGACAUCCCUCAAUGGGGUGAACGCCCUGACUCUGAGAGUGAAGACCCUGAUGACUCGGAGGGCGAAGACCUCGAUGACCCGGAGGGCGAAGAACUUGACAGGGAUGACGACCCUCGAUGGGGUGAACGCACUGACUCUGAGAGUGAAGACCCUGCUGGAGGGGAAGAUUAUUAUGAUGGCGAAUAUGCUCACCAAGUCGCUGAUCAAGACCGUUACGAAGAUGCUGAUGAAGAAGUCCGCGGAGACGAGGUUGUUGAUGAAGGCUCUGGAAGUGACGAAGACUCAGGGAGUGACGAACGCUCUAGAAGUGAUGAGGGCUCUGGCGGUGGCUCUAACUUUGGCUCCAGGUCCAAUGGACAACCAUCACAUAAUAUAUUCACGACCGUCUCAAACGCGCAUACCACUGAGUUGCUGCCGACGCAAGAGAAUGAUAGCGAAGAUGGCAACAAUGAUGACCCAUAUUCCGGACGCCACUGGCAACCAAACCGUCCACAACCUAGUAACAAAGUUGUCAACAGCAACUACGACCCCCACCCCAGACACCGAGCACUAAAUCACCCGCAUAAUGAAGAUGUCGGCAACAACAACCCCAGACACCAAGCACCAACUCACCCACAGCAUACUAACAAAGAUAUCGGCAAUGACCACCCCCACUGGCACCCCAUACGCGCACUAAACCGCCUAUUGCACAAGAAAGAUGGCAGGAACGAUGAUCCCCAUCCCGUGCAUCAACCACCAAACCUCCCACCACACAAGAAAGAUGGCAAGAAAAAUGAUCCCCAUCCAAGGCGCCAACCACCAAACCGCCCAGGACCCAACAAUCCUCCUCAACCACCAAACCACCCAGGACCCAGCAAUCCUCCCAGACAUCAACCACCAAACCACCCAGGACGCAAGGAUCUUCCUCGACUACCAGAUCGCCCAGCACACAGUGAUUUUUCCGGACGUCAACCACCAAACCACCCAGGACGCAAGGAUCUUCCUCAACUACCAGAUCGCCCAGCACACAGCGACUUGUCCGGACACAUCAACCACCAAACCACCCAGGACCCAGUGAUCCUUCUCCCGGACGUCAACCACCAAACCACCCAGGACCCAAUGAUCCUCCUCCCAGACGUCAACUACCAAACCGCCCGCCGCCCAGGAAAGGUGGCAACAAUGUUCCUCGUCCAUGCCAACUGCCAAAACCUCCACUCCCCAGUAACAACCAUGAUCCCCAUCCUGGGCCCCAACCACUGA